UUAACAUUUAUAAUCAAAAGUAAAAGAAUGAAAUCAGAGGUUAAAUAAGUCAAAUAAAGGUUACAGCUGCUCAGCAUUAAACGUUUGUUUUUGACUGAGAAUCACCGACCGAACCACACCUGAGUGACGUCAGAGUCGCGUCAGUCUAACAGGCCUGUCAGAGGAUUGUCGGGUUUCUCUUCCUGUGUGUGCGCAGGUGAGACACACCUGAGCAGGUGAACGGAGGAGCGGACACAAACAUCCGAGCCGGGUUUAAACCGAACACUUUCUUUUUUUCACGCGUGAACGUCUCCGUUCAAAACGCUUCGUUUCUUCCGCUGAGCCUGUACCUGUCGGAGCGGCGCGGUGCGCGGCGACGCGCCAGGAGGCGGUAAACUCUUCCCCGUGCUACAUUCACACUGACUGCGGCUGAAAAUGCCUCCAUCCUGCUCUUCCUCCUCUUCACCCCCCUGGCCGCCCCUCCUCCUCCUCCUCCUGCUGCCGCUGCUGCGGCCCGGCGGAGCGGCAGAGGACGCGGCCUGCGUCUUCCGCUCCGGACGGAAAGACUUCGCGCUGAACGCGGAGGACUCGGUGAAGGACGGAGCGGCUCUGCUGGCCACCAAGCUUGUGAGCUCUCCGGAGGACUGUGAGCGCGUGUGCUGCGGUGACCUGCGCUGCAACCUGGCGCUGCUGGAGCCGCGCGGCACCGGAGCGGCGGCGGCGGCGGCGGAGGAGGACAAGCGCACCUGCGUCCUGUUCAGCUGCAUCCACAGAAACCGCUUCGUGUGCAGGUUCGUGAACCAGGCCGGAUACCUGAGCUACAUCAGAGAGUCCGUGUUCCGGAAACACCUGGCGGGAUCGGAGGGACCAGGUGUGCCCGUCGCCAGUGCAGGUCGUGAUGUCAUCGUUCAGCCCGGUGAGACGGUGACCCUGAACGGCAUCGAGAGCCUGGCGCCGGGCGACGCCCACAUCACCGACUACCAUUGGAGUCUGCAGAGCGGCGACCCCGGCGUCAAGAUGGAGAAGACGGAUCUACCUGACCAGGUGCGGCUCUCCAACCUGCAGGCAGGCUCGUACGUCUUCCAGCUGACCGUCACCGACUCCAACGACCAAUCGGACGAUGCCGAGGUCACUGUCCUCGUCCUCAGCCCGGAGCUGUCCAGCUCGUACUGUUUGUCUCCGGCGAAGGCCGGUCCGUGUCGCGCCGCGUUUCCUCGCUGGCGUUACGACGCCGCGACGGGCGGCUGUGAGCAGUUUACGUUCGGGGGCUGUAAACCCAACAAGAACAACUACCUGGCCGAAGACGAGUGUUUGUCAACCUGCAGAGGAGUCACAGCGACGACAGAGAGGGGCACCACUCUGCCCGCCACAGAGGUGUGUGGGUCAGCGUGUCAUCGUGAUCAGCUGAUCUGCGUCAGCGGCUGCUGUCUGGACAGAAGUCUGGAGUGUGACGGUGUGAAGCACUGCAGCGAUGGAUCAGACGAGGACCACUGCAACAAAUUGAACCAUACCCUCAGUCGCCUGCUGCACAUCGACGUCAACCAGAAGAAAGCUCGGUGCACAGAGCCCCCCCGCACCGGUCCGUGUCGGGCGAGUCACACCCGCUGGUACUACGACCCUCUGAACGGGAAGUGCAGCCGCUUCACCUACGGCGGCUGUGACGGAAACGAAAACAACUUCGAGGAGGAAGUGAAGUGCGCUGAUACCUGUGACGGAGUGACUGAGCGCAACGUGUUCUUCAGAGGCAUGUUUGACCAUUUUGAGAAGGAGGUGGAGGAGAACGACGACUCAGGCUCCAUAGCGCUGGCCGUGAUCCUGUCGGUGGCCAUCUUGGCCCUGUUGGCCAUCCUGACCUACUGCUUCCUGAAGGCCAGGAGGAAGCGCUCCCAUAGGCCCGUCUCCACAGGCCCCGCCCACGUGGCGCUGGCAGAGCAGGACACGCUCGUUUACAACAGCACCACCAAACCUGUAUGAUGUCAUCGUUUAUUCGACAGGUGAAGUAAUGUCACCGCAGAACUGUAUGACAUCAUCGCCGCUGUCCCCAUGACGACCACAGAUCUGCGCGACAUCCUCGAGACUGUUGCUGUAACAACCACAGACCUGUGUGAGGUCAGCGCCGCUGUUGCCAUGGUGACCUCUCCCCAGCUGCUGCUUUUCUUUUGUUUUUCUUCAUGAAUUUCUUCCUGUUUCCUGCUGUUUCAGUGUGUCACUGGUUUGCACUGGUUUUCAGUGUUUCACUGGUUUUCACCACAGGUUUUCAGGUUUCCGGUUUCAAUCUGAUCAGACUGAAACCAGGACUGGAUUUGAUUGAAGAGUCCCCUUUAACGCAGCUCUUAAACGGUGAACCCGUUGAGAUGUUGAGCUCGUAUUUUUCUGUACAACAUGUUUUUAUUUUACACUUUGUCGGGUUUCUGCUCUCAGGAGUUUGAAAAUAAAUUAUAUUUAUGAAUUCUGUCUUUUUUAACUCAGGUUUAUUUCGUUUUUAUUCAGAUUUAAAACAAAAAACAUGUAAAUCUUCGUUUUCAGCUCUUUGACUGUAAAUGUGAAGUUAAAUUUGUUUUAAUCAUCUCAGGUCCUUAAUACUGUCUCUCAUCACAUUGUAAUGUUUUUGUCAAUAAAACCUCAU